AUGGAGGCAAGCGAUGUGUCCGUUGAGUUUGUUCAGGUAAAACAAGAACCUGUGUGGGAGCAUAGUGACAAGACGACAGGACCCGAGGAGCAUGUUGUGUUGCUGCCUGAACAGAUAAAAAUAGAAGUGGAAUUUGAUGAGCAGAGACCAGUGCCUGUGAAGGAGGAGCCUCUGUGUGAAACCCAACUUGAAGCGACUCCUGAGGUUUCCGGUUUAAACCAAGAAGUUGUCAUCAAACAGGAGCUUGAAGAAUCCCCAGAGUCAGAAGAAUCUCCCACGUAUCCAUCACAAGCCGCAAGCGGAGCGGCUGACGACCGACAGACUGACUACAAUGACCGACAGACGGACGACAACGACCGACAAACCGGGACCUACGUGUGUGACACCUGUGGAAACACAUACCAACAAAUACACCACCUAAUCCAGCACAUUCAAAGAAAAGCUUGCAGUCACACCGCCGAGAAAUCAUACCCCUGCGACAUAUGCGGAAACAAAUUCGCAAGCAGAUCGAGUUUGAACCAACAUAGACACACACACGCCAGCACAAAGCCGUAUUCGUGUGAAACUUGUGGGAAACAGUUUACUGUGUUAAGUUAUUUAAAAGCACAUGAGCGGAGGCACGUAGGUGAAAGGCCAUUCAGUUGCGACAUAUGCGAGAAAGCUUUCGCGAAAACGAGCGACAGCACGCCAGUCGCCGAUGAUGGCCGAUUGCUGUCGCGCGCGGUCGCUGGCGUGCUGUCGCGCGCGGUCGCUGGCGUGCUGUCGCUCGUCUGUAAGAGCCCUAAGGUGUAUACAUAG